CUUUAAAAAACGGAAUAACAUUACUUCGCCAGUAUUUAAUCAAAAAAGAAAAAACAACAUUAUAUAGAAGAAUGGGAACUAUGCCAAUGCACCAAUGAGAUGGCUUGAUUUUAAAAUGAUUUUAAUGCUGUUAUGAUUCCACGCAUUGCUGAUCAUGUGGAACAAGUUUUCAUUUGUGUAGCCCACACAAGACUUUGUUGAUGUCGUUUAAUUAUCAAUAUAUAAAAUGGCUUCUAUUUAUAAGUUUUCCAUCAUAAUAUUAUUAGCAUUGUAUUUCACAUCUCUAGGAGGCAGUGUUACACAGAAAUCUAGUCGAAUAAAUGACGACAAAGAAAAAAUUGAAGCCUUUUUAAGAUUUUCGACGUUAUUAGAGUCAGAAAAUGAAGAAAGUGAGUCUGGUUCCGGUAGUGGAGACGAGGACUCCGAUUCAAGUGAGUACAAUGUGAAUGGUACAUUCUUGGUCAUGCCGGAUGAAGCCGAAAAUUUGAUGCAAAGUACAAAAAAAAUUAGUCCCAUUGCUGCAAACGUUAGUUCAAGAAAUCAACUUAAUGAUGAUACAGUAAAUUCCAGUAAUAAUUUAAAAGCUUCUACAGAAAAGAAUCUAGCAAACGCAUUGAACUAUAUGAAAGAGGGAAAAUACCUCUACAAUUUCCCAGACUAUACAAAAGCUGUUCAAACAGCUUACCAUCUAUCACCUUAUCCGACGACGAACAUACUAAAAACAAAUUCGUCAAAUUUACAAGUUACUAAUGUAACAUAUCAAAAAUUUAAUGAUGGUAAGAGUAAACCAGGAAUUGUAAAGUAUAAACAUAAACUAAAGAAAAACAGUAAAGCGUCUGGUAAUAAUCGUAAAAACACGAAACAGCAACAUAAAACAAGUAACCAUUACACAGUAGUUGGCAGUAACUCCAGUAGAAAACUUGAAAACAGCAAUUCUACUGCUAUAGAUACUGCAAGUAGUAACAAAAAGAGCGUAGAAGAGCGUUCUCCUACUCAGAUGACAAAUAACACUAUCCUAUCUGAUAAACCGAAGGAACGACAGAACAACAACACGAAGGAGUCGAAAGGGAUUUCAUCCUUAGGGAUUGUGGACGCACAGAAUCUAACAGCAGGAAAUAAAAACAUAAAAGCGGGAAGCAAGUUCGUAGAGAGUGAAGAAGAUCGCGUCAAGAAAACAAAAGAGCAGAACGAUGAUGCAAAAACCUUAAAUAGUUUACUCACGAAGCUGAAAUUCAAUAACGGUGCAUCUGGUAAAGUAAAAUCUGGCCAGGAAUUUGCUUACAUAUCACAAUGUGGAUUGUACACUGAACCUCAGAAUGUUUCCUUUGUGGAACAUUCAUGGGUGACAAAAACAUAUUCACCAUAUUUUUAUCUGUACGAGAAGCCAAAAAAAUAUGAGAAAUGCAAACCAUCGGCGUGGAUGAAUGGUACUGACAUGAGAGGCAGUGUUUUCCUGAGUUUUGAAGUAAAAUCUCUGCAUGGUAGCACAAUGGAAAACAAUGCAAAAAUAUGUGAGAAGUAUUGCUGCAAAGAGCCACGUUGCGCUGCAUGGGUGCUUCGACUGCAAAGUGAAGGUACCUCUAACUGUCCUCAAAAUAGUUAUUGCUGUUGGUUGAAAACUGAUAUUCCGAAGCCUGAGCCCCAUGAUGAAUGUGUUUCUGGAAUUGUACACCGUGAUCAUUACAAACAUCCACCUGCGGGAAUGAGAUCUGCUGUACCGCUUGGUGCUCUCGGUACCGGCUCAUUUGAAAUGCGCGCUGACGGUACAUUCCACGAGUGGACCAUUGAAAAUCAAUCCCCUGGAGGUUCAGCUAAGCUAAGUAAAACGUCCUUAGAAAUGAUGCUGCUUGGAGUUAGAGUAAAAAAGGGUUCAUCAAAACCACGGGCAGCUGUGUUGAGAACUCAUGCACCUCGCGGGUUUGAGAAUGUCGAAAGUAUGACCUAUUCUGGUUCCUUUCCAAUAUCGAAGCUUAAAGUUGACCUCCAUAAAUCUCUUCGCAAGGAAGUGGACUUAAACUUAUACGCCUACUCUGCUUUUCAUCCACGUGGUCCAAAAGAAUCUGCCACACCUGCAGUGAUCUUCUCCUUGGACGUUACAAAUCCAUCAAAUGAAGAAAUGGAUGUGUCCUUCAUGAUGAAUUUACCAUUUGGCUACAAUGAUGACACGAUUCGGCGUGGAAACAACUUUGCUGAAAUUGCUUUCACACGAUUGGUCACUGCUGCAGAUUGUCAAAACGCAUGCGCGAAGAAAUCAAAAUGCAUGGCAUGGACGACUAAUGGACCAUUUUCGUGUAUGCUCAAAGACGGCAUGCCAUUACAUGCAUACGAGUAUGGUAUAAUAUCAGGACUGAAAGGAGAAUGGUCUGUAAAACAAAAGGGGUUAAAUUGUAAGAGACCUGGUUUCUACGCACAGAGUGGUGAUAUUACCCUACGUCCUGUUGAUAGUGGAUCAGAGGUAACAUCAUUUACCGUGGAAGAUGAUCCAGAAGUUGUUUGGGAUAUCUUCAAGAAAACAGGUUACGUUAGCAAUACAACUGGAGUGAAUGUUACUGGUCUCAAUGGAGCUGUUUCUACAAGCACUAAAUUGAAACCGAAAGAAAGCAAAGUAUUGAGUAUUGUGUUUUCAUGGUAUUUUCCAAACAAAGGCAUAGCUGACGAAAGAGUAGGAAACUUCUAUAACAAUUUAUUCAAAUCCAGUACCGACGUAGCAAAGCAUUCUGAAUUGGAUAUGAAUGGAAUUAUUUUGGAUGUUGUGAACUGGCAGUCCAGCAUUGUACCACCGAUUUCGAAAAGUAGCGAGAAAGAAAAUAAACAAGCGAAGAAGAAAAGCAAGUCGAAACAUUUGACAUGCAAUGCAACAAUUGGUGGAAUCAACACAUUACCAGAAUGCUUGCAAGAUAUUCUAUUGAACAGUUUGAGUUCGUUACGUUCUGGAAUGUGGAUGGAGAAUGGCAGAUGGAGACAGUGGGAGGCAUUCGAUUGUGCAAAUAUGGAUCCUGUGCAUGUGGAUUUUCAUAGGAUUAUACCAUACGUUAUUAUGUUUCCAGAAAUUGCAAAACAAGUUAUGCUAGCCUGGGCUGAUCACCAGCAGGUAAAUGGUAUGAUUCAAGAAUCGCUGUCGAUGGGCUGUUUAGAAGAAACGUCAAAAGAAGGUGUUGCUGGUGGCAGGUUGAUGGCAGAUGUCAACGUGGGAUUUAUUGUUCAAGCGUAUCUUAUUUACAGCUGGACAAAUGACACGUCGUUUUUUGAAGAAAUUUAUCCAUUCACUGUACGUGCUAUGGAAUGGCUAAUUACAGAAUCUACAAAAGGUACUGGUUUACCAUAUCGCAAACCUGACACGUACGAUCUGUUUGAAUUGGAAAAAUAUGAUCACUGCGCAUACAAUAGUAUAUUAUACAUACUGGCUUUACAUACAAUGAAAAUUAUGUCGAAGCUACAGAAAGACAAAAGUACAUAUAACGACGUCACAUCGGCGCUAGAACGUGCUGACAAACAAUUUGACGUCGAAAUGUGGGAUGAAAAACGUGGAUUUUACCAUGCAUGGUUUGACGAUGAAUGGGGGUCUCCGUCAUGGUUGAUGAGUGAUGUCUUCUAUGGUCAAGUUUGGAGUUACACGUUAGGUCUUGGAGAUUUAGUUGAUAAGCAGAAGCUGAGAAGACAUUUGAAGAAAGAAGGGACGAGAAACGACUCUCCGUUUGGAUUAAAGGUCAUGUCCAAAUCAGACUCAGUUGUAUCCUUAGAAGAUACAUCAGUGAUAUUAGGUGAUGAACUCAACAGCUGCAAAUCGUUAGAGAAUAUAACCAAAACCGAAUCUAUUUGGAUGACAUCAAGUUCUGAUUGGUCUACUUUGCAACUGCACUUAGGCGAGAAUCCUUACAGCACACUUCAGCAAGCAGCAAAAUCACUUGAUAACUACCGAUCUACGUUGAGAGAUCAAUGGAACUUCCACGGCUUAACCUCGUCUGAACACUAUGGGUUAGAUGGAUUGCCCUGGGCAACCAGUCACUAUACUUUCCAUUUGGUUCUGUGGCAUUUGCCGUUAGCCUUAUCUGGUCAGCGUUAUUACGCACCAAAUGGAAGUUUAGCGUUUGCGCCGAAAUUCGAGACGCCAUAUUGGUUACCGUUUUAUACGCCAUUUUGUAUGGGAAACAUAGAAGCUAAGGAAGUUACAACAGAAACGAAUUCAACAGAAGUAUUAUACGCGUUAAAAGUCUCUUCAGGUACAUGCAAUUUGAAAGAAUUAUCCAUCGCCGGCUCCAAAUAUGGUAAGAAUCAAAUCACCAUCGACCAAGGAGAAAAAGUUGAAUGGUCCGCACCGAAACGUACAAAGAAAGAUAUUGUCAAAGCUAUGCUGGACCAAUUAAAACAUUAAAAUCAAUAAAUUGUUGUUUCCAGAUCAAUUAUCGAUUUUAUAUUAAAAACUGGUGGUUAAGAAACCAUUUUAUGACGAAGCAUAUUUUCUCCUAGAAUUUGUGCGCAACCUUGCUGUUAAAUUUUCAGAACGUAGAACAUCCUUAGAAUCACAGCUAACCGCAAAACAAUAAAUGUGAUUAUAGCAACAAAAAAAACAUUCCUGGUGGACAGACAGUUUUAUAUUCAAUAGUUCGCCUUUUCUAAAUCGUGGCUAGUGAAUUGGAAUGUUAGUUUGAGAUGCUAGAAUUGUAAAAUGGAAGACAGAAAAAAAUAUAUGCUUUGAGAUUUUAAUAAGUCAGUUAAAAAAGUUUGUCAAACUUUUUUUCGUUUAGUCUGAUUUUAAGGUUUGUGAAUAAAAUGUUUCUCCAAAGAAAACCAUCAUACGGGCACAUAUCAAGUAAUUCUUUUAAAAAGUGACCGCACAAUUUUUGCUUUUUGUUUUUAAAAACUUGGUUCAAGUAACGGGAAAAGCUCUCUUUGAAGUUCAAAAAGUGUGGCACAGACUUACCGUUUAAAUUUCCUUUUAUGUGUCGCAUCUUUUUCCAAAAUUUUUAAAAUCAUGUUGCAAAUAAAUAAGCUACUGUAACAGAUUAUUUCUUCAGAUUAUACUUGACCUCAGCUUCAAAUCGAAAAGCAACUUGAAAAUUCAAAAAUUAGGAAGCCUUCGACCGUGACUAAACGCUACCAAACCAGCAUUUCUUGAAGUUGAAUUAAGUCGAUAAUUAGCACGCGUGCUAAUUUUGUCACGCUAAAUGGCAAUAUUUCAUAAAUCUAAAGUUUGAAAGAACAUUUCAUUCGGAAUGUGCUUACUGUUUAAAAAUUCCCAAUCCAAAAAAAAUUGCCCAGAUAGUUAUUAUUUUAAAUAAUAUAUAGUAUAUAUAUAAUUUGAAUUUUUAUGAAACAUUUGUACAUAGCUGCGUAAAAUAAAAUAUUAAAUAACGAA